AACAAAGUGGAGCUAAAACCCCCUAUAUCUUCCCACUUCCCCCCACCGAUCUCCUUCCUUCUCUUCCUCUCUCUCUCUCUCCCCCGGCCUUUCCACCCCCCUUCUCCCAUCUUGCUCUCUCUCUAAUGGCAGGAAAGCUGAGCUGAUGCCCAUAAGGAUUUCCAAAGGCAGAAGGAACACAGCUCUGUUUGACCUCCAGGGCUUGGCAUCUGUGAGACCACUCCCUCCUCUCUUCAAAUAAUUCUAUUAUUAUUAUUAUUAUUAUAUCCACAUAAAGGUCAACAUUUUCCUUCUUUCUUCCCCCUUCCACUCUGUCCUCCACCUUCUUCCUUCGCUUCAAGAGUCUUCUUUCCUCCUCUUUAUCCUCCCCUCCCAUCCCCUUUCCUUUCUCUUCACUUCCCCUGGUUUUCGCUUUCCCCUUUGGUUCCCUCUCUCCUCCACCUCCCGGCUCCCUUUCCUCUCAUUUCUCCGCAAAAAGCUCCCACCUUUCCCUUCGUUUCUUGCUUCUUGCUGCGAAUUAUCCUCCAGGAUUUCAAUAUCUCGGCGAAUUCGGGAUUUUCGUUCCUUUUAGGGACUCGGGAUUGAGAAAGCUGAGAUUUUUCCAGCAAUUUUAGGAGUUCGGUGCCUCGCCGGAGAUGAACUGUGGGCCGCCGCCAGGUCAGCUUCCGCCGUGCUUUCUCAACCUCAACUGGGAGCAGUCCAUGGACCCGACCAGCCACUUUGAGUCGGCGCUCAGCUCCAUCGUCUCCUCGCCAUCGUCCAAUUCGCUUGCUACAGCGGAGGGCCUCGCCGUCAAUAACCUCGUUGGACGGCUGGGGAGCGUCUACAAUUCCGGCGAGAUCUCCCCCCAGUCCCACUACAUGACCACCCCUCUGAAUUCCCCUCCAAAGCUCAAUCUCUCCAUGAUGGGCCGCAUCGGCCCCCACCAGCCGGCCGUCGGAAGCCUGCCGUUCUCGGCGAAUCCGAUACCGAUAACCCAUUUGGAUCAAUUCUCUGCGGACCCAGGGUUCGCUGAGAGGGCCGCAAGGUUUUCUUGCUUUGAUGGCCGGAAUUACGGUGGGUUUGCAGGCCAGUUUGGUCUGCCGGAGGCUGGAAAGCUCUCGAGGGCAUCGAGCGGCCAGUCUCUCAAGGCAGCUGGACCUCAAACGGGGCUGCCAGAGAGAGGCAAGGCGACCCAGACACAGGAGAGGAUGCAGUUGGAGGCAAAAGAUGCAGAAUUUGGUAAUGCUCGAGAGGAAUCAUCAGUAUCGGAUCCAGUCUCGGCGAGUGGUGAGGUGAGCUUGAGAAGUUCUGGCGAAAACAACCCAAGGAAGAGGAAAGCUGCACCAAAGGACACAGCUUCGCCGAAUUCUGCCAUGGAUCCUCCCAAGGCAGCAGAGGAGGAGGAUUCGAAUGCGAAGAGAAGUAGGUCUGCAGAAGAUGAUGGAACCGAAAAGGGAUCAAUUAAGCCAAAGGUUGAACAGAAUGGCAGUGGUAGUGCCAGUGAUGAUGGUGGUCAAAAACAGGGGAAGGAGGACAAUGUGAAGCCCUCGGAGCCAUCUAAAGACUAUAUUCAUGUCAGGGCAAGAAGAGGCCAAGCGACAGAUAGCCAUAGCCUCGCAGAAAGAGUUAGAAGAGAGAAGAUCAGCCAGCGUAUGAAGUUACUGCAAGAUCUUGUGCCAGGUUGCAAUAAGGUUACCGGCAAAGCGGUGAUGCUUGAUGAGAUUAUAAACUAUGUACAGUCCUUGCAGCGCCAAGUCGAGUUUCUUUCCAUGAAGUUGGCAACUGUGAAUCCCCGGUUGGACUUCAACAAUGAGGCAAAUCUCCUUCCCAAAGAUAUGCAUCAAACUUGUGGACCUGUGUCAAAUUCAGUUUAUCCACUAGAGACCUCCGGUGCUGCACUAACAUAUGCAAACGAACCUCAGCAGGGGGCUCCUUUCCAUUGUGUUGUGACCAAUGCCUUGGAAACAGAGUGUAUGAGCCCAUUAGACUCCACUCUAUAUCAAAAUCUAGGCAAUCGCCAACCUUUUGUUAACGGAUUUGGAGAUGCUUCAUCUCAGCUGGGGACAUUCUGGGAGGAUGAUCUCCAAAACGUUGUUCCAGUGGACUUGGGACAGAAUCAGGAGAUUGCUAUCUCUUCUCAGUGCUUUCAUGGUUCAUUGCCAACAGCUCACAUGAAAAUUGAGCUCUGAUCGGUUGAAAUCAUUCAGAGUACAAGUUUGUAUAUAACAGCACGCGAAGCUUCAAGCUAACAAUCUUUAGGUCUAAGCAAAAUUUCAUUAUUUCCUAUUUUUCUUUCUUUCUUUUUUUUCUUUUUUUUUUUCUUUUUUUUUGGUGGUUAAAAGGGGUAGGGGGGAGGAAGGGACCAGCCCACCCCCGCGUAGCAGCCCCCACGCACUAGGCCCCCGCCCCGCCAGGAGAAUGUUCGAUAAGGGUGGACACCAUUUUACUCACAUUCUCCCCACCCGAAGGUGAGUACGUCACACCUGACACCACCAAGCUACAAGUGGAAGGAAAGCAUAACCGCCAACGAGCCAACCGAACGUGGGGCAUCCGGUCCCUGAAUUUAAUCGACGCCCGCGCGUUUCGAACCCGGGCAACUCGGGUGGAAUUAUUGCCCCCUUACCACCAAGUUACCACCUUGGUGGACUAGAGACUUCUUUGGGGCAAAUGAUUCUUUUGAGAAUUCUUGUGAUCAUCAGUGGAAGGUCUCAUUAGACUAGAGACAUCAUGGGGUGCAGAUAUUUCAAACACCACAUUUAGUGUGAGCUGCUGUGAGUGAAGGGGAGAGAUUUGACAUCAUGAUGCUGUUGUAUUAUCAAGAAAAUUCUAGUAUUAAUUCAUUAAGAUGUUUUCUUCGAGUUACCGCAA